ACUUGGGGUAGUAAAAUGGAUAUAUCGGUAGACCUGAGCAGCAGAAUCAGGAGCGGAGGGGCCUUGGAAUUAUGUUAUUGUCACUACUUAUGUAAUCGUCCUCGUUAUUCUCCACCACCAUCAAGAAGAGAAGUUCUCUACAGAGGCUGCCAUGCAGAAAGGAGUUACAAUAAGCUACUUAGUGGGAGAAAGCUAAUGUCUAAAAUGGCUAGUUCUGAAGUGAAGGAAGCAGCAUCAGACUCCACUGCUGGGAAAAUGAUAUUUGAGCCCAUCUUGGAGGAUGGAGUUUUCCGGUUUGAUUGCUCUGCAAACGAUAGAGAUGCAGCAUAUCCAAGUCUUUCAUUUAUGAAUAGCAACGACAGGGAUGUACCAAUCAUGAGUAACAAGGUUCCUUUGUAUAUCCCUUCUUUUGAGUUCCUUUUGGGACAGCAGCUUGUCAAACUUGAGCUUCCUGUUGGUACCUCAUUUUAUGGAACUGGAGAAGUUAGCGGGCAGCUAGAGCGAACAGGAAAAAAAGUUUUUACAUGGAACACAGAUGCAUGGGGUUAUGGUCCUGGAACUACAUCCUUGUACCAAUCACAUCCUUGGGUGCUGGCUGUUCUUCCAAAUGGGGAGGCAUUGGGAAUUCUAGCUGACACGACAAGGCGCUGUGAGAUUGAUCUAAGGAUCAAAUGCAGAAUUCAGUUUAAUGCUCCAGCCUCAUUUCCUGUUAUUACAUUUGGUCCAUUUCCUUCACCCAGUGCAGUUUUGACAUCUUUAUCUCAUGCAAUUGGAACUGUUUUUAUGCCUCCAAAAUGGUCUUUAGGCUAUCACCAAUGCCGUUGGAGCUAUGACUCUGAGGAGAGAGUUCUUGAGGUUGCAAGAAAGUUUCGGGAGAAGGGUAUACCUUGUGACGUGAUAUGGAUGGAUAUCGAUUACAUGGAUGGCUUUCGUUGUUUCACUUUUGACAAGGAGCGUUUCCCAGAUCCAAAGUCUUUGGUGAAAGAUCUCCACCAUAUUGGUUUCAAGGCAAUAUGGAUGCUUGACCCAGGGAUUAAACAUGAAAAGGGUUACUUUGUUUAUGAUAGUGGGACUGAACAUGAUGCUUGGAUACAGGAAGCAAAUGGGAUGUAUUUUGUUGGGGAUGUGUGGCCAGGGCCUUGUGUUUUUCCUGAUUUUACACAGUCAAAAAUUCGUUCUUGGUGGGCGAAUUUAGUUAGAGAUUUCAUUUCUAAUGGUGUCGAUGGUAUAUGGAAUGAUAUGAAUGAGCCAGCUAUUUUUAAGGCUGUAACAAAAACAAUGCCUGAGAGCAACAUUCACCGGGGUGAUAAUGAACUUGGUGGUCAUCAAAGUCAUGCACACUAUCACAAUGCAUAUGGGAUGCUAAUGGCAAGAUCAACUUAUGAAGGGAUGGAACUAGCUGAUAAAAGAAAGCGCCCCUUUGUUCUAACCAGAGCUGGAUUUAUUGGGAGUCAAAGGUAUGCUGCAAUGUGGACAGGAGAUAACCUUUCCAAUUGGGAGCACCUUCACAUGUCCAUCUCCAUGGUACUUCAAUUGGGCCUAAGUGGUCAGCCCCUAUCAGGACCUGAUAUUGGUGGGUUUGCUGGAAAUGCAACACCCAAACUUUUUGGACGUUGGAUGGGCUUUGGUGCUAUGUUUCCAUUCUGUCGUGGGCACUCAGAGACUGACACCAUUAACCAUGAACCAUGGUCAUUUGGUGAAGAGUGUGAAGAUGUGUGUCGCCUUGCAUUGAGAAGGCGUUAUCGCCUCAUACCACACAUAUACACUCUUUUUUAUAUGGCACAUACUAGAGGUACUCCUGUGGCAACUCCUGCAUUUUUUGCUGAUCCUAAAGAUCCCAAUUUGAGGACGCUUGAGAGUUGCUUCCUUUUGGGCCCACUUUUAGUCUAUGCAAGCACGAUGCCAGAUCUGGGGUCUGAUAAAUUGCAGCUCUUGUUGCCUAAAGGAAUUUGGUUGAGCUUUGAUUUUGACGAUUCGCAUCCGGAUUUACCAGCUUUAUAUUUGCAAGGUGGAUCUAUUAUACCUGUGGGUCCUCCUCUUCAGCAUAUUGGUGAAUCUAAUCCAUCAGAUGAUUUAACACUUAUCCUAGCUUUAGACAAUUAUGGGAAAGCUGAAGGUGUUCUCUUUGAAGAUGAUGGUGAUGGAUAUGGAUUUACUAAAGGUGAAUAUCUUUUAACUCACUAUGUUGCGGAGCUUAAAUCUUCAGUGAUCACUGUCAGAAUAUCUGAGACUAAAGGAGUAUGGAAGAGGCCAAACCGUCGUCUACAUGUUCAACUCUUGAUUGGUGAAGGUGCAAUGCUUGAUGCGUGGGGCAUAGAUGGAGAGGUUCUACAAAUAGAAAUGCCUUCUGAAACUGAGGUGUCUAAGCUGAUAUCUACUAGAAAAGUGCAUAAUAAAAUGCAUCUAGAAAGCGUUAAGCUUAUUCCAAAUGUGGAAGAUGUUUCUGGACACAAGGGAGGAGAACUUUCAAGGACUCCGAUUGAGCUGGAAAAUGGUGAUUGGUCACUGCAAAUAGUACCCUGGAUUGGGGGUAGAAUUAUUUCCAUGGUUCAUGUUCCCUCAGGAAGACAAUGGCUUCAUAGCAGGGUUGAAAUUAAUGGAUAUGAAGAGUAUGGUGGUACUGAGUACCGGUCUGCUGGAUGUUCUGAGGAAUACCAUGUCAUCCAGAGAGAUGUUGAGCAUGCAGUAGAGGAGGAAUCAGUUCUGUUAGAAGGUGAUAUUGGUGGUGGCUUAAUCCUUCAGCGGCAGAUAACCAUACCCAAAGAUAAUCCAAAGGUUUUCCGGGUUGAAUCUAGUAUUUUGGCUCGCAAAGUUGGUUCUGGUUCUGGUGGAUUUUCAAGGCUGGUUUGCUUGAGAGUUCAUCCAACUUUCUCUCUCUUGCACCCAACAGAAAGUUUUGUAGCAUUUACCUCCAUUGAUGGCUCUAAGCAGGAAGUUUGGCCAGAAUCUGGAGAACAACUUUAUGAAGGGAAUCUUCUGCCUAAUGGUGAAUGGAUGCUCGUUGAUAAAUGUCUUGGUCUGGGGCUUAUCAAUCGAUUUAAUGUUCGUGAUGUCUAUAAGUGCCUCAUCCACUGGGGAACAGGGACAGUAAACUUGGAGCUGUGGUCUGAAGACCGUCCUGUUUCUAAACAAUCACCUCUUAGGGUAUUUCACGAGUAUGAGGUGAUGGAAAUCCCAUAAUUGGUCAUACUCGUUAUGCAUUGAUAGUUGAGUUUGUAAGGGAGUUUGUAAGUGUAUUGAUAGUAUAAGAUGUAAUUUUGGAUGGUUUUAUUGGAAGUUUUGGUUUUAAUAAUAAAUUUCCUUUUAUAUA